AUGGCGCACAGUCCAAGUAGAAGCGACUCUGAUGUCGAAGUGAAAGAGAAAGAAAUCGACGCUGUCACACACCUCGAGAAUGGCCCUCCGCCAAAGACCAAGGGCCUCACCGAUGAGGAACGACUGUGGCUCAGUAAUAUCGAUCCCAAGGAAGCCAACCGCAUUUAUCACAAAGUGGACAGGAGACUAGUGCCGAUGCUGGCAGCACUCUAUCUUAUAGCACAUCUUGACAGGGCAAACAUCGGCAAUGCCAAAAUCGAAGGCCUGGAAGCUGACUUGGGCAUGUCCGGCAACGACUACAACAUCGCACUCGUAAUCUUCUUCAUCCCAUACGUGCUGUGCGAAGUACCCAGCAACAUGAUUCUGUCCAAGUUCAAGAAGCCUAGUGUUUACAUUGGCAUUCUCGUCACAUGCUGGGGUGCUAUUAUGACUCUGUCAGGCGUGACAGCAUCAUUCGCUGGUCUUCUGGUGACCCGCUUCCUCAUCGGAGUUUUUGAAGCUGGCUUCUUUCCAGGAGCGAUGUGGCUAGUCAGUGAAUGGUACCCACCACACAAGACGCAAACACGCAUGGCCAUGUUCUACAUGUCUAGCGCUGCCUCUGGCGCAUUUAGUGGCCUCCUUGCAGCAGGGAUCGCGCAGAUGCGAGGACUCGGUGGCUACAACGGCUGGCGAUGGAUCUUCAUCCUCGAAGGGCUACUUUCCGUUGUUCUGGGCAUCUCGUGCUUCUUCCUUCUUCCUGACUCACCCACCAAAUCCAAGUGGCUGAAUCCCGACGAAACCAAAUUCCUCGAACUCAGCCACAUCGCCUAUCGCGGAGUCAAGACAUCUCAAAAAUCCACCGACCCGAGCCGCAAGAACAAAAUCAAUUGGCGUGUCAUUAAGCAAGUCGUCACAGACUGGCAACUCUACCUCCAAGGCAUCGUAUUCUGGUCCAAUACGGUCCCCAACUACGGCUUGAAAUUCACCAUGCCCUCUAUCGUCCAAUCGAUGGGUUUCACAAGCACAACUGCCCAACUUCUCACGGCACCACCGUAUAUCUGCGGUGCCGUAGCAGCCGUCACUUCUGCUCUCGUUGCCGACAGACUCGCCUGGCGAAUGCCAUUCGUCGUUGGCCAUCAAAGUCUCCUCGUCAUUUCUUUCUCCGUCCUCUUCGCCUACGCAGCAGAGAUCCAAGACAAUAUUCCACUCUGUUAUGUCAUGGUCUGUCUCGCUUGCAUCGGUCUCUAUCCUAUCAUCCCCGGAAACAAUUCCUGGACGAUCAAUAAUCUCGCUGGCGCGGAGAAACGUGCUGCUGGAAUUGCAUUCAUGAUCAUGAUCGGUAACUCAGGUGGUUUCGCUGGUUCGUUCAUUUUCUUGGAACGUGAGAAGCCGGAAUAUCCGACUGGUUUUGGAAGCUCGCUAGGAUUUGCGAGCGCUGGUAUUCUGGCAGCAUUUCUGUUGGAGUUCUUGUAUUUGAGCCAUAACAAGCGAAAUGAGCAUAUCACGGAGCAGGAGGCGAUUGCGAAGUAUGGAGAGGAAGAGUUGGAGCUUAUGGGUAAUAAGAGCCCGUUGUUCAAGUAUUCGCUGUAG